AUGAUUAAAUACACAUUCUCUCUCUAGUGGUUGAACAACAACUGUUAGUCUUAAUACGUCAGUCCUUGUUUCCUUUAAAAUCCUUCUUGUUUCUUUCUUUCUUUUUCAUCUCUUUUCUUCUUCUUUUCCUUUUUCUGUUAUCUCUGUUUUCUUCGUUAGUAACAACAAGAAUAAGAAGAAAAAGAUGGCUACACUGAUUGUACCUCCAAUUCCUCCUCAUCCUAGAGAUGAUGCUACGCAACUCUACCGUGCUUUCAAAGGAUUUGGGUGUGACACAACUGCUGUGAUCAAUAUUCUUGCUCACCGAGACGCGACUCAGCGUGCCUACAUCCAACAAGAAUAUCGAACAACAUACUCUGAAGAGCUUUCGAAACGCUUAGUUUCGGAGCUCUCUGGAAAGUUAGAGACUGCAGUUCUGCUUUGGCUGCCUGACCCUGCAGCACGUGACGCAGAAAUCAUUAGGAAGUCUCUAGUUGUAGACAGAAACCUUGAAGCUGCUACCGAAGUAAUAUGUUCGCGCACUCCAUCCCAGCUACAAUAUCUAAAACAGCUCUACCAUUCAAAGUUUGGUGUUUAUGUCGAGCAUGAAAUCGAAUUAAACACUUCUGGAGACCACAAAAAGAUCUUGCUUGCAUAUAUAAGCACCCCUCGCCACGAAGGGCCUGAGGUUGAUAGAGACGUUGCUCAGAAGGAUGCAAAGGUUCUGUACAAAGCUGGGGAGAAGAAACUGGGAACCGAUGAAAAAACUUUUGUCCAAAUAUUCAGUCAACGGAGUGGCGCACAUUUGGCUGCAGUCAGUUCGUAUUAUCAGGACAUGUAUGGUCACUCAUUGAAAAAGGCAGUAAAAAAUGAAGCAUCAGGGAGUUUCGGUCACGCGCUUUUGACAAUUAGUGGAUGUGCUACUAAUCCGGCAAAGUACUUUGCAAAGGUGUUGCAUAAGGCAAUGAAAGGUAUGGGGACUAAUGAUAGCACACUCAUAAGGGUCAUUGUAACAAGGACUGAGAUUGAUAUGCAAUACAUCAAAGCUGAAUAUGCAAAGAAAUACAAGAAGACAUUGAAUGAUGCAGUUCACUCUGAAACAUCUGGAAACUACAGGGCUUUUCUUCUUGCACUUUUGGGUCCCAAUCAUUAGACUAAGAUGUUCAAUCAUGUUUCGUUUGAGAUAUUUUCAAACUUCGAUGUUUUAAUGUUUUAAAUUUGGUAAUUGUGUGUGCUUUGUAAGACAUUUUUAAGCAUCCUUAUGAACAUGCAUUCCAGUUUGAGUUAGGUCAGCACAAUUCACAUAUUGAAGUGCUGUUAUUUCUUGCUUAUGGACAAUAUGUUUUAAAAUUGGGCCAGAGAUCGAACCGGUAAUACCUUCAUGUCAUAGUUCAAUCGGUUGAAUCAUAUCUUCAUGGCAAUUUGGAA